CUUUUAGGCGUUCCAUGGGAUCUCAUACUCGAUUCUCCUGCUGCUUUUGUCAACGUACUCUCAUCCUGCUGCUUUUUGUGUCAAGUGUAACGUUCCAGCUAUUCGCGCUAUUUCUUUCUUAUCGAUCCGAACGUCCACUCAAGGUUCCCUCGGUUGGCAAAGCUCCCGUUAGUUCCAUUUUGUGGGAAAUCCAAAGCCACCUUCAGUUACAAAGACAGUCAGUGGAGCCAACUGUUGACUUCAAUAUUUCCAAAUGGAAUUUUACCGGCUCUGAAGAUCUAGAUUACCGACUGAAUAUCGACAUGCCGGAAUUGGUGAGACGUAUUUCCUCCGGUUUACCGGUCGACAUACAGCCGAUCAAUGAACCCGUAUUCGAUGUACUCAUUUCGCACGCCGAAAUAUGCACCAAUAUUGAACGCAGAAAUCAGCAGCCUCCGGAACUUCUUAUUCUUAUAAAAUCCGCCCCAGGAAACUUCAUACUCCGGGAUACAAUUCGUGUCGGCUGGGGUGACGAGUCGUGUUGGGGCGGCCGCCAUAUUGUGCGGCUCUUUCUGUUGGGCGCAAUUCCCGAUUCACAAACUGAUGUUUCUUCCCGAAUUGCCAUGGAAGUCUCUUUCCAUGGAGAUGUUAUACAGCAGAAUUUUAUCGAUGACUACUACAACAAUACGUAUAAAAUCAUGUUCGGAAUCGAUUGGGCGGUGAACAAUUGUGCCAACGUACCUGUUAUCAUGUUUGUGGAUGACGAUUUCUUUGUAUAUCCCAGAAAUGUUAUUGCUUUCAUCGAAGGUCUAAGCAUCGCCAUCCGCGAGCAUCUGGCCGCAGGUUACGUUUGGCGGGACGCCAAACCCAUCCGGACCAAACGAUAUAGGCAUUUGAAGAAAUGGGUCAUCGAUUGGAACGACUAUCCGGACGCACAAUACCCGCCAUACGUCGCAGCGGGCAAUUUCUUCAUCUCCAUGCAAGUGGCCCGCAAAAUGCACAUCGCCUCCCGAUUCACAAAGUAUUUGCGUUUCGAUGACGUUUUUCUCGGAAUUGUGCUUAAAAAGUUACUUCUAACCCCAAUGCACCUGCCACAAAUCUACGCAUUUUCUCCUGUAAAUGAAUCCAGUAACCAACUAGAACUUAUGUUAUCCAGUCAUCGCUUUGGUAAUCCAGCUCGUCAACUUGCUCUGUGGGAUCGGCUACAGUGCCGAACGUUUUGUACGCCCAACAGAUGAUGUUUCCGAUCGUUUUAUAUUUUCCUGUGGCUAGCGUCGCGCUCUUGUGUGCUGCUUGCUACCUCAAGCCAAUACUAUGAUAUGAUCAUUUACCAAGUUCCUCGUCACCUAUUCCAAUAACUUAGUGACUAUAUUUUGUCUUGCCCCUUCCCUCACUUUUAUUUCCAAGGUUUUUUUCUCAGUACUUCCUACGGAACAUAUUUUGUCGACCUAACGCUGCUACUUUCAAUGUCAUCAACGACUUGCGAUGAAGAUUCUUACUCACUUUUACAAUAUAGACUAUUUUUCUACCCCGGUCUUUGAACUGUUGUUAUCACAGUCACAAUCCUUUAGUGCCAAUCACCAUUGAAACAAAACGUUUGCAUGUGUACCAUGUGUUUAUCUAUUUCCAUGUGAUGGUGGUGGUUAACUCUUCACGUGAUUGUAUGCAUGCUGUUAAACAUGUUGGCCCAUUCGCAACCAUGUUUUUAUAGCUGUGAAGUGUGAGGCGUGACAAAUAAACCUUGGGUGUUGCCCAUUCGCAGCGCUCCAUUUCACUAUCACCGAGUUUGGCACUGGUUUGCGCAGGACUGCGACUGCAAUCAGGGACAUCCUUUGGGAUGUGGGAUUCCGUUCAAAAU